AUAUAUUUCGCGAGAUAAGAAUUAUUAUUGAGCAUCAUGACACGCGAGAACAAAGAAAAUAUUUUUUCAUAUCUCAUUCGUUGGUUUAAAAUAUUUUGCAAUUUUCAUGCGUUACAUCACAUCACUUGCGAAAAUCGUAGAUUGGAGCGCGGAAUGAGAAAUUUUCUGCGUGUCACGCUACUCACGCUUAUUAUGCAUUAUUCUCGGCUCCGUUUACGAAUUUCCUAAUGUUAUUCCAUGCCAAUUGAAUAUGGCACGUUCAUAAAGCUCUCAAUUUAGCCAGUCUUGCGUUUGACCAGCUCUUCAUUAUUAGGGAGGAAGAAGAAAAUCUUUUACUUGCUAUUGACUUUAUAUAUAAUCAGUCGUGAUAAUAUAUUACAUAUUUACUUGAGACAACAUGUUUGCACAUUGGAUUGUCCAAGUAUCGCACUGAUAAAAUCAAGUGGUCAUUACGUGUAGCUGUAAGAGUCAUUGCGAAUAUAUACUGUAAGCACAAAGGAGAGAUUGGAAAGCGAUGAAAAUGACGACGGUUCCAGCUAAGCAUACUCUUCAUAGUGGAAUUUUUCAUCCUGUCUUACGACAGUGGCAAUCUCCAAAUAUAGAGAUCACUGUCAAUAAUCUUAUGUAUCCUAUAUUCGUAUCGGAUGAGAAAACUAAUAAAGACGCCAUUAAUAGUAUGCCUGGUGUAUACCGUUAUGGCAUUAAUCAGUUGGAGAACAUGUUGCAACCUUUAAUUGCCAAAGGACUGCAGUCUGUCUUAUUAUUUGGCGUAUCGCAACAUCUUGAUAAAGACGAAAUUGGAAGCAACGCCGACAGUGCAAGAAAUCCUAUUAUUCAAGCUGUACCAUUAUUGCGAAAAAAGUUUCCCAAUUUAUUGGUAGCAUGUGACGUUUGUUUAUGUCCAUAUACAAUUCAUGGACACUGCGGUAUUCUAAAAAACGAUGGUAGCAUAAAUAAUGCAGACAGUAUUCAAAGGAUUGCUGAAAUAGCUGUGUCGUAUGCAAAAGCUGGCGCACAAAUUGUUGCACCGUCCGACAUGAUGGAUGGCAGGAUAAGUGCAAUAAAACAGAGUCUAGCUGCUGCUGGAUAUUCAAAUAAAGUAGCAGUUUUAUCAUAUGCUGUAAAAUUCGCGUCAGGGCUUUACGGACCUUUCCGGGACGCAUCGCAGUCUGCUCCCAAGUUCGGCGAUCGCAAGUGCUAUCAGUUGCCACCUGGUAGCAACGGUUUGGCAGCUAGAGCUGCUGCAAGAGAUGUAGAUGAAGGAGCAGAUAUGUUGAUGGUAAAGCCAGGACUGCCUUAUUUGGACGUGGUACGGCAUACGAAGGAUGCACAUCCGCAAUAUCCUAUAUUUGUGUAUCAAGUGUCGGGAGAAUAUGCCAUGCUAUAUCAUGGUGCACAAAACGGCGCGAUAAAUUUGGAGAACGUGCUGAACGAAAUAUUACUUUCCAUGAGAAGAGCGGGUGCUGACUGUAUCAUAACAUAUUUUACGCCAUUGAUCUUGGAUAUGCUGCAGUCGAAAAUGCCUUUGUGUUAUAAUGCUAAUGAAAUAAUGAUGUAAGAUGGUGCGUUAUUACGAACAGACGUUUCACUUAACUCACUACCUGUUACCUGAGAUAACGGGCGGAUACCGUUACACCACGUUACACUGAAUGUCGCGGUGCGCGCGAAGCACAACUGGAAUAACACGUUCAUCCGCGGCUAUUUAUUUCACAUAUAAUCUUGUACAAUGCCUGUUUGAUUUUGUACAAUAAACUGAAAAAAAAA